AUGAAGGAUUUGGGGCCGGAGUACUUGGCAGGUCCUGAAGGACUCCAGCUUCUCGGAUUGUUGAGCUUCUAUCUAGAACAGGAACAGAGAUUCCAACCUCGAGAAAAAGGGCUGAGCUUGAUCGAGGCUACCCCAGAGAGUGAUAAUGCUUUGUGUUCAAGAUUGAGAAACGCCAAAGUAGAAGAUUUAAGAAGUUUAACUAACUUUUUUGGAUCUUGCACUGAAACAUUUGUCCUGGCUGUCAAUAUUUUGGACAGAUUUCUAGCUCUUAUGAAGGUGAAACCUAAGCAUUUGUCUUGCAUUGGAGUCUGUUGUUUUUUGCUGGCUGCUAGAAUAGUGGAAGAAGAAUGCAAUAUCCCGUCCAUUCAUGAUGUGAUCCGCAUUAGUCAGUGUAAAUGUACUGCUUCUGACAUAAAACGGAUGGAAAAAAUAAUUUCAGAAAAAUUGCACUAUGAAUUGGAAGCUACUACUGCCUUAAACUUUUUGCACUUAUACCACACUAUUGUAUUUUGUCAUACUUCAGAAAGGAAAGAAAUACUGAACCUUGAUAAACUAGAAGCUCAGUUGAAAGCUUGCAACUGCCGACUUAUCUUUUCAAAAGCAAAACCAUCUGUGUUAGCUUUGUGCCUUCUCAAUUUGGAAAUAGAAACUUUAAAAUCCGUUGAAUUACUGGAAAUUGUCUUAUUUGUUAAAAAACAUUCCAAGAUUAAUGAUUCCGAGUUCUUUUAUUGGAGGGAGUUAGUUUCUAAAUGCCUAGCUGAAUAUUCUUCGCCGGAGUGUUGCAAGCCAGAUCUUAAGAAGUUGGUUUGGAUUGUUUCAAGGCGCACAGCCCAGAACCUCCACAGCAGCUACUACAGUGUUCCCGAACUGCCAACAAUCCCUGAGGGGGGCUGUUUUGAUGGAAGUGAAAGUGAAGAUUCUUGUGAAGAUAUGAGUUGUGGGGAAGAGACCCUCAGCAGCUCUCCUCCCAGUGAUCAAGAAUGCUCCUUCUUUUUUGACUUCAAAGUGGCACAGACACUGUGUUUUCCAUCUUAGAGCUCUGAUUGUCCCAUGUCAGAAUGUAAAGUAUAUGUACUGGUUUCAAAGCAAUAAACGGGGGAGUAGGUAGUUUUCUGGUAUAGCCCCCACCUAGCAGGAAUUACAUAGACUGGAAUACCUACCUUCUAUUUAUUAUCAGAUCAGAUCUGGCCUAUUUUCAUACUUAAUCCUAAGCCAUCAAAUGGGUUAGUGCCUCUUAAACAGUUAACAAUACUUUAGACAUUGGCACUUUAUUUUUCUUGUUGAUCUUUAGCUACUUGGGAGAGAAGGGAAGGUGCUGAUGAUACCUUUGUUAACUUUUCAAGAUUUUUAAAGAUGAAUAGUGUAGCUUAUCUUAAACUUUAUAAAGCCUUCAGGUGUCUUUAUUCAGCACAUGGGGCGCUGCUGAAGUGCUUCCUUACAGGGACGAUGGAUAAUCCGUUAAUGGUUUAUCUUAGAUUUCCUCCCCCAUUCUCAACAGAUUUUACAGUACUCUUCAAUGUCAGACACUCAUUUUGUUCUUUAAAUGAUCAGUGUACUAUCUGAUGCAGAUCCCAUGUAUUUAGGAAUUACAAUAAUGACAUCUCUGUGAAUUUAGUGUGUAGUGUCUUAAUUGAAGUUUCUGCUGAAGCAGAAAUAAUUGUCAGGCUAGGGCAAGUAGAUGGUUUUGUUCCUAUUGUCUAAGUAUUGUCAGACUCUAGUAUUUUAAUGUUAUUUAAAAAGUUCAUGAUCUAUUAGUUUUGCAUGCACCUGUAUGAAAGCAGUACAGGAAGUUAAACAGAACUAGGGAACUGUGGAAUUUAUAAAUGUUGAUUUAGUAGCAUAUUUUACCUGAUUUUCUUAUAUAAAAAAAUCUGCAUGAUUACAUUUUAUUUCCUUUGUAAUUCACAUUUCAAAAAUAAUGUGUAUUAGUGUAUGGGUGCCAAGACUCUUGAAUAUGAAGUAAAAAGAACUGAAGUAUUUGUAGUAUUAACGGUUUUAAGCAAAUCUGUGGUGACACAGCCAUAAAUGGGGAUAUAUAAACUCUGUACACAUAAGGUUUUGUUUAGAGAAUUUUUAACUUUAUAAACUGUAUAUGAAAUGUAAAUCUUUAAAAAUGUACAUAAAAUACUGUAUUUUUUUACUGUGUGAUAGUGUAGUCGUUGCAUGUAAAUAUAAUUUAUUGUGUAUCCAGUAUUAGAAUCAGACAUUGAUGACUUACUGUUUUACUGGUAAGUCGGCAACCAUUUGAUGUUUUUGAGGGUGGGCCUUUUUGAAGUGAUAAUAGGUGACAAUUCAAAAUAAAAAACUGAUGAAUUCUCUUUGCUUGUAA